AUGGCUUCAAAUGCCAAUCUGUCUGCUUUCAGAGUGGAAGGGGACUAUGAGCAAGAGAGGACAGAGCUCUGCCUGGACUUCGACUCGGCUGAAGCCAUGGCCUUCAGAGGUCCUGAUCUCCACCUUCCUGCAUUCCUGAUGAGCCAGAGGCUGAAGGCAGAGGAGAUGACAUUGGACCUGGAGUUUGAAGUCUUGAGUGUGGGAUUUAAUGAGGAGGGCAGAUAUGCCCUGAGGCUGUCAGCUGAGAACCCACUGCAAGCAGGCUCCGGGGCUGGAGUGCAGUUGCGAGUCAAUGAUGGGGACCCCCUCCCAGCCUGCUCUGCUGUCACUGAGGUCAUUGAGCAGCAGGCCCCUGAGCAGAGCCUCACCUUCACCAGGAACAAGUUUAUCUUUACUUUGCCCAAAGGGUUCUGCAAGAAUGAUGGGCAGAAUGACGCACAUCUGCGUGUAGAGGCACUGAGGCUGGAUGGACCCUCAGGACAGGUGGCCCAGAGGGUAGGUGAGGCUAUCUUCCCCAUCUACCCACGACCAGAUGAGCCCCGAAUGAACCUCACAGCACAGAAGCAUGAGGACCUCUAUCGCUACUGUGGCAACCUGGCUCUUCUCCGAGCAAGUGAGGAUACCACAGCCCGCCACUGCGGGGGCCUGGCCUACAGUGUAGCCUUCCAUGUGCACCGAACCCCUGAGUCCUCUGUCUCAAACUGCCUUGUGGAGCCCAGCCAGCCAGAACUGAUGUCCCUACAUCCAGAGCUACAGGUUUCUGAAGAACCAGUGGACCUCCAGGAUACCUCCCAGGACCCAAAUCCUGACACCAACUACCUGGCUCCCUAUAAUAAGGAGACUGUUGUGGUCACUCUGCAUGGAGCUACCAAUUUGCCUGCCAGCAAGGAUGGCUCUGACCCAUGGCCCUAUGUGGUGGUAAAAACCACAUCAGAGGAAGCCACCACUCACAACCCCAAAGCAGCGACCUCUGUGACCUCAGAACCCACCAGAGCACCCAUCUGGGGGGACACAGUGAAAGUGGAGAUCCAGGCAGAGGAUGCAGGACGAGAAGAUGUCAUCCUCAAGGUGAUGGACAACAAUAAGAAAGAGGAGCUGGUGUCCUAUAAAGUCCCCAUUAAAUACCUGCGUAUCUUCCACACAUACCACUUCGAGUUAAAAAAGUCUGAGAAAGCUGAUGAAGCCACUGCCAAGAGCCGCCUAUAUGCCACCAUGGUUCGGAAGAGCAGCUUGCUACCCCGCUACAUUGGCUGUGACCAUACAGCUCUGGAGGUCUUUCUUCAGGGAGUCAACGAGCCUCUGGUCAACAGCCCCAAACCCAUGGUGGUGAUUGCUCGGGUGGUUCCCAGCUACACUGAGUUUAAGGCCAGCCAGGCCAGGCAGGACCCUUCCUCUGUGGGGCUGCCCCUCACCCAGAUUUCCUUCCCUAUCUCAUCACCAAUGAACUUUGAUGUGCCUCGGGUCAGCAAGAAUGGAUGUCCUCAGCUGUCCAGGCCUGGGGGACCCCCAGAGCAGCCCUUAUGGAACCAGUCCUUCCUUUUCCAAGGCCGAGAUGGAGCCACCAAUUUCUCAGGGGACACAGCUCUAGUACUGGAGUAUUAUCCUUCUGCCUCAAUGAAAAGCAGUGAACCGUGGACCCUCAAGCAGCCCCUGGGUGUCUCCGUGCUACCACUAAAGUCUCGUCUAUACCACAAGAUGUUGUCAGGAAAAGGCUUAAAGGGGCUGUAUGUGGAACGGCUCCCCAUCACUGACACCCACCUAAAAACCAUCGAUUCUGAGGCCCCCACGGUGAACCUCUCCUUGCAGCUUCUUUCCUCUGAGAGGCCAGAAAACUUCUUGACACCAAACAAAAGCAAGGUUCUGCCCAUCCUGAACCCCAAGAUCCUAGAUGAGAACCUGGGUGCCAUCCGUGAAUCCUGGUCCAUGAAUUCCUCAGACACCACUGCAGAAGCAGAGGAGCCUCAGACACUGCGUGACAUGGUGAGUGCCUCUCCCUAGGACAUGGAGGACUUGUGCUGUGAUGGGGUAAUGGGGAAGGAGGGUCAAGAGCCACCCCUGAGAUCCCUCCCCAGGUGGCAAGCAGACCACCCCUUUGGCACACACUGCAUGUGAGUUACCCUCAAAGACAGGCU